AUGAACUCUGGAUUGAACAACUAAAAUUCGUUAUUGCAGCAACUAACUCCAGCCUAACUCGAAGAGUAUUAGCUUUAGUUAAGGUAAACUUCUAACUUCAUAAUUUAUAUAUGAUAUUACUUCAUAUGCCCAAAUCAUAUAUUUGGCAAUUAAUUACUUAUUUUAGAUAGCAAUAAUUUUUCACGAAUUUGUUAAGUAGCAACUUGAAAACAAUAACAUUUCCUAGCAUCUUUCAAUAGUUUUAGGACAAUCUUAAUAGAACGUCAUAAUAGCAAGAUCUGAUAAAUUUUAAUCGUGGUAAGAUAUCAUCAAUUCUAAAUCAAUUACAAUAUUGUGACCUUAUAGUUUUUUGAAUUGGCUUAUUUUUACUUAGGUUUGGGUGCAGUAACGAAUUAGAAUGAUUAUAUGAAACUUUUAUAGAAAAGCUUUUAAAUAAAUAGUAAUGUCAUGAGUCCGUUCCAUUAGAAUUAGUUGUUCUGCUAAAUGGGAAUGAUGGGUCAAAAGAAAAACAAUACAAUACAAAAUCCAAUUACUGUUGAAGAUGAUGAGCCACCUUAAAAUUAGAAAUGUCAUAAUUCUAAAUGCAAUAACAGAGGAGAUCGCAAGAUUAAGUCAAAGAAAGGUGAGAGUCUUUAAUUCUGUGAGAAAUGUUUGAGGAUGUAUAAUCGUGGAAAUUUUUGUGAUUUUUGUGAAUAGGUAUUGUAAAAAUUAGUAAGAUUAUUAGGUCUAUUCAAAUGGAUCAUACGAUUAAGAUGAAUAGGAAUGGAUAUAAUGUGAUGAAUGCGAGAAAUGGGUAUAUCUUAGUAGAGAUAUUAAUAGAAUCAUUUAAAUUGUGAAGCUAAAUAUAGGAAUUAGAAUAUUAAAGAAUAGACUGAGAAUAAAGUUUAUUAUUGUUUAAAUUGUUCUAAAGUUAAAAAACAAUAACAAUAACAAUAAUAACUAUAAUAAUAAUAGUUUCAGUAAUAGAAAAAAUAAGAGAAAACAACAGAAGAAUAUUAACCAAAGUAAAGAUUAUAAAUGGAAUGUGAAGAUGCUAGAACAAGAGAAAAGAAUAUCAAUUUUGUUGCUACAAAAGAUAAUAAAGUUUAAUUUAGUAAAUUUAUAAAUUUAAUAAUUUUUAAUAGCAUUUCGAUUGAAUCUAUAUGAUGAUGAAAUAAAGUCAGAUCUAGACAUUCUGAGAAAUUCUGGUAGAAAGAGUAUGAAGAAAUAAAAUUAAUAAGACUCACCAAUAAUAAAAUAAAUAAUAGCACCACCAUAAUAAUAAUAAUAAUAAUAAGUAUAAUUGUAAUAUGAUGAGAAAGUAAAAAUAUGAGUUUAAUUGUUAUUAGAAUUCUGAUUAGUAAAUGAAUACUAGAUGUCGAACUAGAAAUAAUAAAAAUAGAGUUAAUUACAGGAAUUUAGGUGGUGAAUGA